CAUUACAAACGGUAAUAUGCCUCGCAAGAUUUAAUAUUUGAGACUCUGAUCAUGCGUCUCUUAGGGUAAGGUGGUGGUAUAAACUUUAACUGGUAAGUUUUACAACACUUUACAGAUAUGUGUGGCUAAAUACAUUUUUUUAGGGACAGAUUAGUGGUUGAAGCCCCAUUGUUGUCAUAGCAAAAAAUUCACGAACUGGUAAAAACCGUGUUGUACAUAGCUUGCACGCAAAAACCCAGCUAAGAUCUUCAUUCUCCAUUAAAAAAGGAAGAAGGAAGAAAACCUGAAAGUUACACAAUAAAAUUUCUGUAGUUGUUUUGAACACUAGAAUGUCUUCGCAAGUUGUAACGGUGUUUUAUACAACAUAGAUACGUUUUUGGACAACAUGGAUCAUAAUGACUUAUCCUGGCCUGGUAAGAAACAAAGACUCAUUGAAAAUCCGUCACUGGACAACACGACGAAAAAGUUUCAAUAUGAUGAUAACAUGAGUUUGGAUACACUUUCCUCUGCAGCCGGUGUGCUUAGGUCUCUUCAUGAUAAAUUGAAUGAACGUCGUACGAUGAAUCGGAGUGAUGAAAUCAGAAGCGAAAUUAAAUCUUUAGAGGAGGAAAUAGUGAAAUUGAGUGAAGAAAUUAAAACAACUCAGAAUGAAAUAAAACAAACUCAAAUGAGAAAGCAGCAAAAUAUUGAGGCGAAAAAAGAAGAAGAAGCAAACGAUAAAGCGUGUUUGUUGUCCGUGCUGGAAAAGGAAUGUCAAAGAGAGUUAAAAAAGAAAAGUGAAAUGCUGCAGAAAAAUUUGGAGAGAAAAAAAGGAAUGGAAUUGGCAAGAUUAGAAAAGAGAAUACGAGAUACUGUAAUUCAAGCCAAGCAGAGCAAUAGACAGGUAUGUUUGAGUUGUGGGGACGUGGCAUCAUCACUCUCCACUUGUGGGAAUUGUUAUGACGCGUUUUAUUGCAACGAAAUUUGUCAACAAAAUCAUUGGAGUGUACAUCAAUAUUUUUGUGUGGAAUAAAAGCAUUUUCAGCUAUUUAAAA